UUGUCUGAAAUAUGUCUGGACGUGGAAAGACCGGCGGCAAAGCCAGAGCCAAGGCAAAGACUCGCUCCUCCCGGGCAGGACUUCAGUUCCCGGUGGGUCGUGUCCACAGACUGCUGAGGAAGGGCAACUAUGCGGAGCGUGUGGGUGCCGGCGCUCCCGUCUACCUGGCGGCUGUGCUGGAGUACCUGACCGCUGAGAUCCUGGAGUUGGCUGGAAACGCCGCCAGAGACAACAAGAAAACUCGCAUCAUCCCCCGUCACCUGCAGCUGGCUGUCCGCAACGACGAGGAGCUCAACAAGCUGCUGGGCGGAGUGACCAUCGCUCAGGGCGGCGUGCUGCCCAACAUCCAGGCUGUGCUGCUGCCCAAGAAGACCGAGAAGCCCGCCAAGUCCAAGUAAAGUCUCCACGAAGCUUUUAUUGUCUGAAAUAUGUCUGGACGUGGAAAGACCGGCGGCAAAGCCAGAGCCAAGGCAAAGACCCGCUCCUCCCGGGCAGGACUUCAGUUCCCGGUGGGUCGUGUCCACAGACUGCUGAGGAAGGGCCACUAUGCGGAGCGUGUGGGUGCCGGCGCUCCCGUCUACCUGGCGGCUGUGCUGGAGUACCUGACCGCUGAGAUCCUAGAGCUGGCUGGAAACGCCGCCAGAGACAACAAGAAAACUCGCAUCAUCCCCCGUCACCUGCAGCUGGCUGUCCGCAACGACGAGGAGCUCAACAAGCUGCUGGGCGGAGUGACCAUCGCUCAGGGCGGCGUGCUGCCCAACAUCCAGGCUGUGCUGCUGCCCAAGAAGACCGAGAAGCCCGCCAAGUCCAAGUAAAGUCUCCACGUCCUGCAACAAACCAACGGCUCUUUUCAGAGCCACACACAAACUCUCAAUGAGCAUCUAUCUAGGUCCUUUUAUGUAGGAAAAUAUUACAACUUGUAGCCUCAACUACUUUUGACUUAAUGACACAUGAAGUUAAACUGUGAUUCAGGCCGUUUUUGUACAACGGUAUAUCUGGCAAAUAAGUACUGCUCUCGCCAACUUUCAUCACUACAGUAGGUAUGAGUCCGUUUAAAUUGUUCUCCAAUAC